AUGCAGAAUGCUGAGGUCGUGAACGAGAUCCUAGCGUAUGUUCCAACGAUAGACUGGAGCGGAAGCUAUCAAGAUGAGCAGGUCAGCCUAUUUGAGACUACCAUACGAUAUCUGGGAUCAAUGUUGUCGGCCUAUGAUCUGCUAUCUGGCCCCGUAUCUUCGUUGGUGAAUGAUACGAGCCUUGUUCCAGCGUUGCUCGUGCAGGCUCAGAAUCUUGCGAAUAACCUCACCUAUGCUUUCAACACACCAAGUGGUGUGCCGAGCAAUAACCUGAUCUUCAGCAGCCGCAGCACAGAUGGCUCCACCACCAACAACCUGGCACAGAUUGGUACCCUGGUGCUGGAAUGGACACACCUAUCCGACCUGACAGGUAAUACCACUUAUGGCGACCUGGUGCAAAAGGGCGAAAGCUAUCUUCUGAGCCCACAGCCAUCGUCGUCCGAACCAUGGUCAGGCCUUGUUGGCUCAAACAUCGAAAUCUCGACCGGGCAAUUUGUAGAUGCAUCUGGUGGCUGGAACGGUGGCGACGACAGCUUCUACGAGUACCUGAUCAAGAUGUACGUGUACGAUCCCACAAGAUUUGGCGCCUAUCGAGAUCGGUGGGUAGCUGCAGCCGACAGCACUAUCGCGCAUCUGGCUUCGCAUCCCUCGUCUCGGCCAGACCUCACGUUUCUGGCCGCUUUCGACAGUACCACGAUCGUGGAAUUGUCGAGCCACUUGGCGUGCUUCGACGGUGGCAACUUCAUCCUCGGAGGUCUAGUGCUUGGCGAGCAGAAGUAUAUAGACUUCGGUCUGAACCUGGUCAGUGCCUGUGAGGACACGUACAACCAGACAUCAACCGGGAUCGGGCCCGAAAGCUUUUCGUGGGACAAUUCAUCCGUGCCCGUUGAGGAAGCGGCAUUCUUUGAGAAGGCUGGCUUUUACAUCAUUGACAGUAGUUACAUACUUCGUCCGGAAGUGCUCGAGAGCUUUUACUACGCAUACAGAGCGACUGGCGACACCAAAUACCAGGACUGGUCGUGGGCCGCGUUCCAAGCCAUCAACGCUACUUGUCGUGUCGGCUCUGGCUUCUCAGAGAUAACGGACGUCAAUGCCGCGCACGGCGGAAGCUUCAAGAAUUUCCAAGACUCCUUCUUUUUUGCAGAAGUGCUGAAGUAUAGCUACCUCAUCCAUGCUCCGGACGAUGUCUGGCAAGUCAAUUAUGACAGCAGCAAUCUAUAUGUGUACAACACAGAAGCACACCCUAUCAAGGUAUGGCAGCAAUGA